CAAUCUACUCCCGCAAGCUGCAACAUCUUCGCACGGAGGUGCUCGUCGCCGCCGCUAUGCUCGAGCGCCACAAGCUCCAGCCUAGCUCCUCGCCGCGGCCGUGGCGGACAGCCACGAACACGGCGCCGCACGCCGUAGGAGGCAGGACGGCCUCGCCACCACCCAACGGCCGUGGGCGAGCUCGCCUCCGGCAUGGGCGCAUAGUCAUCGAGACAGCCAUGUCCAUGACCACGGCACCGCGCGCGUGCUUCAGCUCCGGCACCCCCACGCGAGUAGACGUGCUCUCCCUCUCUCUUGGCGGCGGCAUGCCGGUAUGGCUAUGGGCAGGUCGCGAAGGCCGGAGGCCAUAGCGGCACCACGCGCAUGCCGGAGCUGAGCUCGCCGGCGUCCGCCGUGAUGCCGCUCGUGCACCCGAGGUCGACUCCGGUCUUGGCAAGGCCGUCCAGCGGCUCGUCCCAGCGCGCCACCGCCGGUGGCCGGUGGCCGCAGCCGGCCGCGCAUAGCCGCCGCCUCACGCGCUUGGGCCGGCGCCCCGUCGCCCAGUGCUUCGGCGGCCGCCCUCGGUGCUGCGACCUCGCGCCAUGCGGGCCUGCGCGCCGCCGGCCAGCAGCUGCUUCGCCAGAAGCCCGCAACGGCCGUCGCGCCGACCGCCGGCGUGGGCUCUACGCUCCGCCGGCAGGUAGCGAGCAGCCGAGCAGGAGGCCCUCGUCCACUUCUUCAGGCCAGCCAUGGGAGAGCGAGAAGGAGCAAUGGGGCCCAGGAGCGUCUCGGGGCACGUGAACAAGCUUAUCUCCUAUUCCCACGCCAGCGUUGAGUUUUUCCUACCUUCUCUCUUCCACGCCAGCGGGAAUCCAACGUCAGCCAGCUCUGAGCUAGCUGAAGUGCCCCCGGGAACCAGCGCCGCAACGCAUGCUUGCGCACUAAAUGCAUGGCGGCACGGCAUCGCCUCCAUCCUCCAUCUCUCUCCAAAACAUCCGGACCCUGUGAUCGUGACUGGGCUGUUGGCUACAGCACCAAGCCGAACCAAGAAAACGGAUCGGGAGGCGGGAGGCACAGGCCAGAGCAAUGGCGUCCGGGUCCUCCUCCUCUCCCAUGCUCAUCCCGUCCUUCCUCGCGCUGUUCCUCUUCUCAGCCGGCACCGGCGCUCGCGCCGCCCGGCAGGCUCCGACGGCGUCGCCAGCAGCAAAGGCGCCGGCGCUGGACCAGGUGUGCGGGCGGCUGGGCAGCUACUACGUCACGCCGGCCCUCUGCGCCUCCGCGCUCUGCGCCGACCCCUCCGCGCCCUGCCGCGCCGCGCGCGACGCCCCCGCCGUGGCCGCGCUCGCCGCCCGCCUCGCGGCCGACAACGCCACGGCGGCCAGGGACAGCAUCGAGGCCGCCCUCCUCUCCUCCCCGUCGCCGUCGCCUGCGGGCCCCGCUGCUGCUCCUGCCGGCGCCAACACCAGCGCCGCGGCGGCCGCGCGGUCGUGCCUGCAGCUGUACGCGGGCGCGGUCCCGGCGCUGCGGUGGGCGGCGCAGGCCGUGGCCGCGGGACGGUACCGCGGCGCCCGCGAGGUGCUGCAGGCGGCGCAGUACGUGGCCGCCGGGUGCGAGGGCAUGGCCGGGGACGCCGCCGCCGCGCUGCCACGCGAGAACGGCGGCUUCGGCGACAUGGCCUUCGUCGCGCACGCCGUCGUCGCCUCCAUGGCCGCCGACUGAUCCUAUCGAUUUCUAUCGAUCGAUCCACGACUGCUCGGCUCUCCUGGCAAAGAUGUGAACGGGAGCUUGUUGUAGUUGUAAUAAUCAAUGCGCUGUUUGCAGCAAUCCUGCCAUGUCGAUCAAUUAACACGCACUGAAUUCUCGAUCCCGUUUUAAAUUCGAUUCGCGCUUGAUCUCC